AUGGAAACCUUACCAAUUGAAUUACUUCAUCGUAUUUUUGAUGAUGUCGAUACUGAAACGAUUUUAUUUUCAGUUCGAUCUGUAUCACGAUUAUUUCGAGCAGUUGUCAACACUUAUAAUCGAUAUUGCUUGAAUAUGAAAUCAAUUCCGAAAUCAAAUUUUUAUCUUUUAUGUCGAUUUAUUAAACCUUGCAAUGUUAUAUCAUUAACACUUUCGAAUGAUGAGAAAAGUUCUGAUCAGAUUGAUUUAUUUGUAUCUCUUGUUCGUCUUCGACAAUUCACUUGCCUUCGUUCCAUAACUUUUCUUAAUAUCGAUCAAUUUCAAUUAAACUUUAUUUUAAAACGAAUCAAUCUUCAUUCACUUAUUUCAUUAUCAUUUACUAUUCGAAAAUAUGACGAUAGACGGAUGAAAACAACAAAUAAUCUUCUUUUGUCACUUACUUCACAUUCAAAACUUCGUAAACUAGAAUAUGAUAUAACAGCUAAAAGAAUGACAAAAGUCUCAUGGCCAAUAAAUAGUACAAUUCAAUAUUUGACUAUCAACAAUAGCAUAACUAUGGAUUGUCUUCUUACAAUACUUAAAUCAUCUCCUUAUCUACACACAAUUACUAUGAAGAAAAAAUUUGAUGAGCUCUACAAUCAUAGACUUAUUCCUAAAUGUUCUUCUUCAACAUCUUUUCAACAAAUAAGAUCAUUGACUAUCGAAGAACUUAAUUUAACCAUAGAUGAACUUGAAUCAUAUCUCUCAUUGACACCAUCACUUGUUUAUUUAAAGCUGAUUGGUGAGAUAUGUACACUCGAUGGUAAACGAUGGGAACAAUUCAUUGAACUAAAUCUUCCUCAUCUGAACAAAUUUGAAUUUUUCUUUACUCAUUGGGAUCCAGUUAACAGACCCCUUGAAGAUCUUCGAUUGAUGCUUGCUUUAUUUCAAACACUAUUCUGGACUGAACAUAAAAAAUGGUUUGUUAAUUGUGAAUAUUAUUUUGAUUACUCAACAAACAUACGUAUUUAUACGCGACCAAUAUGCAAAUCUACUCUCGAAUACAAACCACAAUUUAAAAAGCUUUCCUUAUCAACUAUUGAUGAAGUGAUAGAAGACGAUCCAUCAAAAAUGACUAAUAUCGAAUCAAUGGUUUUUAAAUGGGUUGAAUUUCUAAGUACUGAUGCCGACGAAAAAGUAUGUUGUUCAAUUAAUCUAUUAUGUUCGAACAAGUAUAGAAGUGUAGAAUGA